AUGUCAUAUCCAUCUCAACCACCCCCUUAUUCUGCUACUCCGGCAGAUAAUGAAAUUGUUCCGGACUCAGGAGCAACUGAAUUUCCUGAAUUUUCAACGCAAAUGGCUUUUGGUGGUACAAGUUUUGUUAAUGAAGCCACUCCAAGCGUCGACCAUUCAACAUCUGGCCCCCAAAAAAGCCCCAAAUGUACCACUGAGCAAAACUUGGUGCUAUUGAGUGGGUGGAUCAAAUAUGGAACAUACAACAUUGUUGGCAGAAACCAAAAGAUCAAAUCAUUUUGGGGUAAAAUUGCUGAGUAUUGUAAUGAGUUUUGCUCAUUUGAUCCUCCACGUAGUGCAGAUACAUGUAGAAAUCGCUACAACUACGUGAACACAAAACUGGGAAAAUGGAUUGGCGCUUACGAUAACGCUAAGCCUAUGCAACAAAGCGGGUGGUCAGAGCAAGAUGGAACUAUUAUGAUCAAUAUGAGAUCUGAAUUGCGUGAUUCAAGUGUGCAUCGCGAACUGAAAGCAGAUCUAGUCAAACACAUAUUAUCAAGGUUCGGAAUGUCUCGUGAUUAA